GUUGGUAACAUUUGUUGUCAAUGUCAGUCUUCCUUGAUCUAUCAAGAUUCUUCGUUAAUUAUUGCAAAAUGAGAAAAUAGAUUGGAAAGCCCGUAAAAAAUUAAAUAAAGUUAUUGUAUGUUGAGUAGCAGAGUGUGAAGAGGAGACUCAACAGUUUGAGAAAAUGUAUUUUUCUAUCCCUGACACCCAAGAAUUAAACGACGGUAAUGGAUCCACAUAUGUGGGCUUCAACGUUCAUAUCAAUGGGGUGUUCCAUUGCACAGUUCGAUACAAGCAAAUGUACAACUUGCAUGAGCAGUUACGCAAGGAAUAUGGUGCUGACAUUCUGCCCACAUUUCCACCCAAGAAACUUUUACCAUUAACUGGAGGUCAACUGGAAGAAAGGAGAGCUUCUUUAGAGAAAUACAUUCAAAUUUUGGGCCAGGAUUCAAAGAUGACAGCUUCAGAACUAUUGUCAGGCUUCCUACUAUCUGCUCAGCAAGAGACUACUGGAGAGAGAAAACAGGAGAUUAACAUAGAUGUAUAUACAAUGACUAAUCAUCAAAUCUCCAUGACAGUAUUGUCUACAGACAGAACAUCUCAGGUGUUGUCAAAAGCCUGUAGCCAAAUCAAUUUACCUCCUGAAUAUGCCUCCUACUUUGCAUUGUUCCUCAUCAGAAAGGAGGACAAUGGUGAUAUUAUUUUAGUGCGAAAAUUACAGGACUUUGAGUCCCCUUACAUAUCUCACAAGUCCAUCCAAGAUGCUGAUAAGAUUGUGAUCAGGAGAAAUUACUGGCUCAUCAACUAUGACUUAGAAUUAAUGACUGAUCCUGUUGCUCUGAAUUUACUAUAUACCCAAACGGUAUCUGACAUUGAAAAAGGCUGGAUCUUGUGUACAAAGGAGGUACGCUCCCAGAUGGCUCAUUUGCAGGCAAGACUAGCCAAACGAGAAUACAUUGACACCGCGAGGACUCUAAAAUACUAUGGUUACAUGCAGUUCCAACCUUGCUAUUGCGAUUAUCCGUCUCCUCAAACAAAAGUUUUAGUAGCGAUUGGAGGACAAGAACUGAGUCUGAGAAUUAUUACAGGUCCAAUCGUUAAAGAAGGCUGUUUCAAAGUGACGCGUAUGCGAUGCUGGAGGAUUACAGCCAUUCAUAAUAAAAUGAAUAUUGCAAGUAACAGCAGUAGUAGCCUCAACAGCGACGUGGAGUUGUCUUUCGAAUAUUUGAUGUCCAAAGACAACUUGCAGUGGGUAUCUAUCAUGAGUAGUCAAGCAAUUCUUAUGUCCAUAUGCUUGCAAUCUAUGGUUGAUGAGCUGCUGCUUGUGAAGAAUGGCCUAAGACCUAGGCAAGUGAACGACGCCAGAAGGAACUGGUCCUACAUGAAGAGAGACGGAUCAAGCCAAAUCAUCAGUCUGGAUGAGCCAGACGUAUAUCCAACCACGACAUCUCACAACGGUAAUUCGCAUUCCAAGAUAUCCGAUUCAUUUUCGAUAAAACGACUACAGGAGAAGUUCUCGACGGUGUCCUUUAAAUCAGGGAAGGAGUUCGUUGAAAAUCAUGCUUUCGAAGGAAUCAGCGAUGACGACCUCUAAGUCCUCUGUGUAUUUUACAUUAACAACGCUUUUCGAUUAAUUUGCCAUUUUCUGUUUAUGUUUCCUAAAGAUAUUGGAUAAAAUAGAAAUAACUCUAUCGGCCCUUUAACAAGGUAUAGUCGGCGCAGGCUAUGCAACUGAUGCUUACGUGAUCAUUAUAAUUAUAUAUAUUUUUUUAUAUGUUAAUUUUAUUAGAGCAACUAUUUUUAAUUGGACAAGAACUGAGUUGGAUCCUGAUUAGAGAAGGGCACAUUGUUUGCCAGAAUUGUCCAAGUAGUUUUA